AUGUCGACAGACCAGAAAUCGGAGGAGAAGAUCAAUCAGGAUAUCUCCCUCCGUAACAACAACAUCGAUGAAGAGCAGAAUGAGAUCUCAAAAGAUCUCCCAGCCUACCAAAAUGAUCCUUUUGGAGAUGAAGAAUUUUCAGACGUCAAGUAUAAGGUCAUGACGUGGUGGUAA